UUCCCAGGGGCAGUUGGCGGAAGAGAUCGCGCUCCCAGGCCGACGGCUAGCUUUCUGCUUGGAGUUCUCGCGGCCCGCGAUUCGGCCUCUGCUCUCGACCCGGGGUCCAUUCGUCGGUGUCCCGGUUGCCCUCCCUCACCCGGCUGGGGCACAGCGAGGAGGCCCCAUCUUCCGAAGGCGUUCCAUGGAGUAGGGUCCCGGACCGUUGUCCCGAGGAGUGAGAUUGAGCUUGGCCCCCUCCCCCUCCCUUCUCCCUCCCUCCUUCCUUCCGCCGCAACAUGGCUAACAACAGCCCCGCGCUGACAGGCAACUCGCAGCCGCAGCACCAGGCGGCCGCAGCCGCGGCCCAGCAGCAGCAGCAGUGCGGCGGCGGUGGCGCCACCAAGCCUGCAGUCUCGGGCAAGCAGGGCAAUGUGCUGCCGCUGUGGGGCAACGAAAAGACUAUGAAUCUCAACCCCAUGAUCUUGACCAAUAUCCUGUCGUCGCCUUACUUCAAAGUGCAGCUCUACGAGCUCAAGACCUACCACGAGGUGGUGGACGAGAUCUACUUUAAGGUCACACAUGUUGAACCAUGGGAGAAGGGAAGCAGGAAAACAGCUGGCCAAACAGGGAUGUGCGGAGGGGUUCGAGGUGUUGGGACAGGAGGAAUUGUUUCUACAGCUUUUUGCCUGUUAUACAAAUUAUUUACUCUGAAGUUAACUCGCAAGCAAGUGAUGGGUCUUAUAACACACACAGACUCUCCAUAUAUUAGAGCCCUUGGAUUUAUGUAUAUAAGGUACACACAGCCCCCUACAGAUCUAUGGGAUUGGUUUGAAUCCUUCCUUGAUGAUGAAGAGGACCUAGAUGUGAAGGCUGGUGGAGGCUGUGUAAUGACCAUUGGAGAAAUGCUACGGUCUUUUCUCACAAAACUGGAGUGGUUUUCUACCUUGUUUCCAAGAAUUCCGGUUCCAGUUCAGAAGAAUAUCGAUCAACAGAUUAAAACCCGACCAAGAAAAAUCAAGAAAGAUGGAAAGGAAAGCGCUGAGGAAGUAGACAGACAUGUUGAACGCAGGCGUUCAAGGUCUCCAAGGAGAUCACUGAGUCCACGGAGGUCCCCAAGAAGAUCCAGAAGUAGAAGCCAUCAUCGGGAAGGCCAUGGGUCUUCUAGUUUUGACCGAGAAUUAGAAAGAGAGAAAGAACGCCAGCGACUAGAGCGUGAAGCCAAAGAAAGGGAAAAAGAAAGGCGAAGAUCCCGAAGUAUCGAUCGGGGGCUGGAACGCAGGCAUAGCAGGAGUAGGGAAAGACAUAGAAGCCGUAGUCGAAGUCGUGAUAGGAAAGGGGAUAGAAGGGACAGGGAUCGGGAAAGAGAGAAAGAAAAUGAGAGAGGUAGAAGACGAGAUCGUGACUAUGAUAAGGAAAGAGGUAAUGACCGAGAAAAGGAGAGGUCAAGAGAACGGUCCAAGGAACGGAGAAGUAGGGGUGAGGUAGAAGAAAAGAAAUAUAAAGAAGACAAAGAUGAUAGGCGGCAUAGAGAUGACAAAAAAGAUUCCAAGAAAGAGAAAAAACAUAGUAGAAGUAGAAGCAGAGAAAGAAAACAUAGAAGUAGGAGUAGAAGUAGAAAUGCAGGGAAACGAAGUAGAAGUAGGAGCAAAGAGAAAUCAAGUAAACAUAAAAAUGAAAGUAAAGAAAAAUCAAAUAAACGGAGUAGAAGUGGCAGUCAAGGAAGAACUGACAGUGUUGAAAAAUCAAGAAAACGGGAACAUAGCCCCAGCAAAGAAAAAUCUAGGAAGCGUAGCAGAAGCAAAGAACGUUCCCACAAACGAGAUCACAGUGAUAGUAAGGACCAGUCUGACAAACAUGAUCGCCGAAGGAGCCAAAGUAUAGAACCAGAGAGCCAAGAAAAACAACAUAAAAACAAAGAGGAAACUGUGUGAAAAUUUUUUGUAAAAGUGGAUCACAUUGAAUCCUAUAAAUGUUGGGUUAAAUCUGCUUUUUUUUUUCCUCCCAAGUUGAGUUUGUGCAGUAGUUACACACUCUUCAAGCUCCCUGUAGGCUGCAUUUUCAUUUCCUCUUUUGUGUAGGGAAGUGCCUUUGUAAUCCCAUUUAUUGCAUUCAUGUUUUCACCCAACUGUUGAGUUUGAUACAUGAUGCACAGAUUGUUCUUGCAUUUUAUUGUUUGUUUUUGAGAUGUACAGUCUGUACAUAUGUCCUGAAAAUGUUUUAAUUCCAUUGGCAUGGUUGCCAUGUUGGUUAAAUUUGUAUAAGGCAAUAAAAUGCCACUAAUUCUA